CGCCACUUCCGGAACGUAAAUAUGACGUUUUAUUACCCAUCGGCCCUUGCGUGUGGUUGUUAGCAGUUUGUGCAGCCUCAAGAGAAUUUAAACUUGAAUCCAUCUCUUCUGGUGCUGGCACACAGGCGUCAACAUGGGUGAGAGAAAAGGAACAAACAAAUACUACCCUCCAGAUUUUGACCCAGCCAAGCAUGGAUCACUCAACGGCUACCAUAAAACCCAUGCUCUCAGGGAGAGGGCCAGGAAACUGUCUCAGGGCAUUCUCAUCAUCAGGUUUGAGAUGCCCUACAACAUCUGGUGUGAUGGCUGCAAAAAUCACAUUGGCAUGGGCGUCCGUUACAAUGCAGAGAAGAAGAAAGUGGGGAACUACUACACCACGCCAAUCUACAGGUUCAGGAUGAAGUGCCACCUGUGUGUCAACUACAUUGAGAUGCAGACUGACCCAGCGACCUGCGACUACGUGAUAGUGAGCGGAGCAAACAGGAAAGAGGAACGCUGGGACAUGGCAGAAAAUGAGCAGAUCCUCACCACAGAGCGGACAGAGAAGGAGAAGCUGGAAACAGAUGCUAUGUUCAAGUUGGAUCAUGGUGGAAAAGACAAGGAGAAACUGAAAAAGGCUCUGCCCUCCCUGUCUGAGAUCCAGGACCACCAGUCUGGCUGGAAGGACGACUUCCAGCUCAACAGCGCUCUCCGCAGAAAGUUCAGAAAUCAAAAGAAAGUUCUGGCCGAGCAGGAGGAGAAGGACGAUGCUGUGAGGACGAGGACAAACCUGUCGAUCCCACUGCUGCCAGAGAAGGAGGAGGACAAGAAACUGGCAGCUCUACUUACCUACCAGGCCCCUGACUCCUAUGAGGACAAGAAGCACAGCAAGCGGAAAGAGAUCUCCUUCCGUCCAUGGUUCAACUCCACCACAGCCACACCAGGGCGGGCUACAGGCAAUCUGCUCCAAAAGCUGGGCCUUCAGGUGAGAGAGGCAAAGGCGGCCAGAGCCCUCGGCUCCUCACAAAGCUCACUGAUCCGCAAACGCACAGAAGGACUUGGCAUCAAAAACGAACCCUGUGCCACCGUCACCCGCAGGACGUCAGACCCUGAAGUCCACACAUGUGUUGGCGAGGUCAGAGCAGCAGUCACGUCCCUGGUGGCCGACUACAGCGAUUCAGAUUCAGAACUUGGAAAAUGAGGCUGCUCCUCACUGAAGUGUUAAACAGGACAAUGGAGGUCACAUUGUGUCAUUUUGAUGUAAUUUAUAUUUUCACUUGGUUCAUCUCUGGUCCUAAAGUACGGACAUAUUCUUAACAAAACAUCUGGAAUCAAAAUGUCUUUUUCAGCAUAAAAGGGUUUCAAAAUGUCAUGUGACAUUAAAGUGUCUUCCAAAUGUU